AUGUCGGGAGGUAGGAGAGCAUGGCUGGUGGUGAACCUUGCGGCGUGGCUUGUCACCGCGGCCUGGUGCGAGCCCUCCACCUACGUGGUGCAGAUGUCCAGAGAGGAGAUGCCGGCGUCGGGGACGGCCCUCGAGUGGUUUGCGGCAACCGUCCAGUCGGCGGCGGCAGCAGAGGCCACCGAGAUGUCCCUCGAGGGCGGCGCGGAGCGGAUCAUCUACACAUAUGAGAGCGCCUUCCACGGCUUCGCGGCGAAGCUGAGCGAGGACGAGGCCUUGCGGCUGGAGCGCCGCCCCGGCGUGGUGGCCGUCUUCCCGGAGACUGUGUACCAACUGCACACGACAAGGAGCCCUGGGUUCCUGGGGCUGCAGUCGGAGGCCUUCGUCGGGUUCCGAUCCAGCGCCGUCGCCAGCUACGACGUUAUCGUCGGCGUGCUCGACACGGGGAUAUGGCCGGAGAGCGCGAGCUUCAGCGACGCCGGCAUGGGGCCGGUGCCGGCGAGGUGGAAGGGAGCCUGCGAGACGGGCAGAGGCUUCCCCGCGAAGAGCUGCAACAGGAAGAUCAUCGGCGCGCGGGCCUUUUCCCGCGGCUACGAGGCCUUCACCGGCGGCCCCGACGGCGGGGACCUGUCCCCGCGCGACCACGACGGGCACGGCACGCACACCGCCGCCACCGCCGCUGGGUCGGCAGUAGCCAACGCCAGCCUGCAGGGCUACGCGUUGGGCACCGCCCGGGGCAUGGCACCGGCGGCGAGGGUCGCCGCCUACAAGGUCUGCUGGCCCGGCGGCUGCUUCAGCUCCGACAUACUCUCCGCUGUGGACCGGGCGGUGGCGGACGGGGUGGACGUGCUGUCCAUCUCCCUCGGCGGCGGCGUAUCGGCGUACUACAAGGACAGCCUCUCGGUGGCGGCGUUCGGCGCCAUGGAGAAGGGCGUCUUCGUCUCCUGCUCGGCGGGCAACUCCGGGCCGGAGCCUGUCACCCUGGCGAACGUCUCGCCAUGGAUAACCACGGUGGGAGCCAGCACCAUGGACAGGGACUUCCCCGCCGCCGUCGUGCUCGGGACUCGCCGGAAACUCGCCGGCGCCUCUCUCUACAAAGGUGUCCGCCACCUCUCCCCGGAGAAGCAGUACCCGCUGGUCUAUUUCGGCGGCAACGCCAGCUCCCCCGAUCCUGCGUCACUCUGCCUGGAGGGCACGCUGGACACCAAGCUCGCCGUUGGGAAGAUCGUCCUCUGCGACCGGGGCAUCACCCCGAGGGUGCAGAAGGGGCAGGUGGUGAAGCAGGCCGGUGGGCUGGGGAUGAUCCUCGCCAACACCGCCGCCAACGGCGAGGAGCUGGUGGCGGACAGCCACCUCCUGCCGGCUGUCGCGGUGGGGCAGGCCGCAGGGAAGGCCAUCAAGCAGUACCUCAAGACUAGCCCUCGUCCCAAGGCGACCAUGGCCUUCUCCGGGACGAGGGUGGGUGUCCGGCCAUCGCCGGUGGUGGCGGCGUUCUCCUCCCGGGGGCCCAACCUGCUUACCCUGGAGAUCCUCAAACCCGACGUGGUGGCGCCCGGAGUGAACAUCCUCGCCGCCUGGAGCGGCGCCGCCGGCCCGUCGAGCCUCGCCGCCGACCGGCGGCGGGUCGCCUUCAACAUACUCUCCGGAACUUCCAUGUCGUGCCCCCACGUCGCCGGCGUCGCCGCCCUGCUCAAGGCUAGCCACCCGGACUGGAGUCCGGCGGCGAUCAAGUCCGCUCUGAUGACCACCGCCUACGUCCAAGACAACACCCGCCGCCCGCUGAGGGACGCCGCCGCCGGCGCCACAGGCAGAGCCUCCACCGCCUACGACCACGGCGCCGGCCAUAUCGACCCUGCCAGAGCCCUCGACCCGGGCCUCGUCUACGACAUAGGCCGGCAGGACUACGUCAACUUCCUCUGCUCGCAGAAGCUGACGCCACUGGAGCUGAGGGUCUUCACGAGGUCGUCGAAAGAAUCCUGCCGGCGGGCGCUGGCCUCUCCUGGUGACCUCAACUACCCGGCCAUCUCGGCCGUGCUGCCGGCGCACCCGCCGGCGGCGAAGCUGACGCUCCACCGGACGGUGACGAACGUCGGCGCCGCCGCCUCCACCUACCGCGCCGUCGUGUCCUCCUUCAAUGGAGCCACCGUCGUCGUCGAGCCCACCACCCUGCGCUUCACGAGGAAGUACCAGAAGCUGCAGUACACGGUGACGUUCACAAGAAGGGCCCGCCGGUCCUCGCCGGAGUUCGGAGCUCUGGUAUGGAAGGACGCCGCGCACUCCGUCAGGAGCCCUGUCGUCGUCACCUACCAGUCGCCGAUUUAG